CUAUUCCCCGUCUCUCGUUGUCAUCCCGUUGCUUUGCAGGGUACAAAUGACUCCGAGGUUGUUAAACUGCAGCGACAAACAGAUGAGGUGGUGGAAGUGAUGUACGCUAACGCGAAUAAAGUCAAGGAACGGGGAGGCAAACUGGAAGUCCUGGACGACAGAGCUGAGAAGCUGCAGGAGGCGGGGAAACUGUUUCAGAAGACAGCAAAGCAGGUCACUGUGCAGGAAGCGUCCAGGAACAGGAGGUGGAAAAUUAUCAUCGGAGUGGCCGUGGCUGUUGUCGUCAUCGUCAUCGUCGCCGUCGUUGUAGCAACUUCUUCUCAGAAAAGUCCGCAUCCAGCCGAUGCUUUUGUCAGAAUGGCAACGACGGAGGCCAACCAGCACUGACCGUUGUGAUCUGGGUUGACUGGGUGUUGAGAGAGACGUGCCCACUCGAUUGUCCGUUGCUACCCUAGAACAUAGCGCCUUUAAACUGUGGAAAUUAGACGUUAGAAACUGAACCGCUACCACGAAGCGACGAUCGACGUCGUUCACACCCCUAACCACCCCCCCAAAACCUUUGUCGCGGUUUUAAAUUAUUUCCUGGCCUAUUUUGUUGCAAAAUGCGGCCGGAUUUCACGUUUGCAAUGACAUUUGGGAUGCGCGGGUGGAUUGUUCCAUUAGUCUGCGUUUCGAGCUGCUUGCACCGCAGUACCUGCAGACUGUUUCGACGGGGAAAAUCAGGUCCUGGGGUCGCUUAAUGAUUUCGUACUGACCUGACAAUCCGGCGGGGAGGGGGGGGUUAAUGACCUCCUGACCUUCCAGACUGGGUCAACCAUGUUCGACGAAACCAGGCAGCUUGCGGGCCUAGAAAGGAUUGGCCACGGGAGUAACUGGACCGUGUGUCGAAAAUCCAACUGUUUUCGCUCAGGGAAUCCGUGAUUCCGAAUUGGUCUGAUCCUAACGUCUAUAACUCCCCUUUUCCCCCCACCUCCCCCUCCACCCCGCCAAAACCCUGCCCCACCAUCGACAAGUCAGGAGUGUGAUGGAAUUCGUCCCAAUUUCCUGUAGACUUUGGGUGGCUCGCUUAAUUGGCAACCCAUCCACCGAGCUUCAACAUUCGCUCCUUCGUCCACCAGCGGCUAAACUGUUGGGUCACAGAAGAACUGCCCAUUAUGGCCACGCUGGCCCUCUGGGCAUUUUAGCUCAGUGCCAAUCACCUGCCCUUUCUCCCCAUCAUUGUUUCUGCGUAAAUAGCCAUUUGAAGUCCUCUUGGAUGCUUUACUUGCUUCCAGGCAGUGCAUUCCAGACCCUAACAGCUCGCUGUACGCGCGCAGCGGGGCGUACCGUCUACAAAAUGACGUCCUACCGAGGCUCCUCCCUUGCAAAAUGGCGACCUGGACCAUCCAGGGGGCCCAGGAACAGCAGACGGAUGGGAACACCGCCGCAUCCAAGUUCCCUCUCUGAGCUGCGCACCGUGCCAACUCGUUCACCACCUCCUCCAAGGCAAUGGGCAUUAAGUCGUGGUCUACCCACCGUGGUCCGCCAUCUAAGAUCGGUGACUCAAACUGUACGGCCGAACCCCGAGCGUACGCUGAAGUACGACAGGGACAAACUGCAGCUGAUGGGGGUCUCCCCAGAAUUCUACCCCCUCCCCCCACCCCACUAGACCACAAAAAUAAAAGUUAGGAAUUAUUCUCGGA